GUGAGUUUUCAGCUCCAUCUUUUUGACACCAGGUGACAGCUAGUGGUCGAUAACUAUUUUAGCGAUUUGGGAUCAAAAAUCCUGAAUAAAUAAACCUACUAAAAUGGUUUGCAAAUUGUGUGGUCCUAAAUUAUCGCUAUGCGGGCUCAUUUUGAGUGUGUGGGGAAUCAUACAACUGACACUGAUGGGUGUUUUCUAUUACAUCAGGGCUGUAGCAUUGCUCGAAGAUCUUCCUCUUGAUCCUGAUGUCCAUGAAAUUGGUGAAUUCAUUGCUGAAGUGGAAACUGGGUACACACAAAAUGCAUACAACUGCUGGAUUGCUGCUUUACUAUAUGUUAUCACACUAGUUAUCUCUGGUCAUCAGUUCUGGAUGAACAACCGUUCAUCAGUUAUAAUGGGAAUUUGCUACAAAAUAGAAUCAUCGACUUUAGUAAUAGACGUUAUGCCGGAGGAAUCUGCAUUUGAUACAAUUGACGACUAUUUGAAAGAGGUUAAAUACAACUUCGCUGCGACUGCGAGAAACUGCUGGAUUGCCGCAGUGAUAUAUCUAGUCUUGAUCCUUCUAUCGCUGAUGUGUUUAUGGAAAGCGCGAAGAACCGCAAAGAGGAAAGCCGAAGAAGACGAGGAUGACGAGAUUUUCUGUGCAUCUACACCUCAGGAGAAACAGGAGAUGAUAAAAAUGUUCAGAACGAAGAAAGUAUAGUGUGGAUAGUUAACCAUUUAUCGAAUAAAUCUAUAUUUUUACGAGUUAGAUUUACUUAUAGUGUUAUUGUAGC